AAUCUGACUCGAGUCUCACCAAGAAGGUUCAGUGUGUCUCAGCCGCCUAAGUAUCAUGUGGCGAUUAGAACAUUGAACUUUACCCCCUGUGUGUUUAUAAAUACUAGUAGUCUAGCUCGGCCAUACCAGACGUAAACAGUGCAUGAACUUGAUGAAGGUACAUCUGUCAAAGUGAUAUAUAUCUUUUGUUUAUUUAUCACAGGUUUGUGGAUCAGAAACUGAGUUUAAGUAUAGUUGAAUGAAGAGAAGAAUGUCGUCUUUCCUGAGUGACUGUAGUGCUGUCAGUAUCGGAGCUGGUGUAGUCACCGCAGUAACGGCUGCUGCUGCCACCUACUAUGUAGCCACUCAACCAGAACCAAAUGUCAUCCCACCAAUUGACCUCAGUGACCAGUCAAUUGUGUUAGAGGACGGAGUACGGAUAUCUAGGUUCUGUGAGAAUGGCAAAUUAAUGAAAUACAUGUAUGAAGAUGUAAAGACAGCAUAUGAUGCAUUUCAGAGAGGAUUAAAGAUUUCAGGGGAUCAGCCAUGCUUGGGGACAAGAACAGGACCAAACUUGGAGUAUGAAUGGAUGACUUAUAAAGAGGUGUUUGCGAAGUCUCGUGCAUUUGGAUCUGCAUUGUUGACAAGAGGGUUAAAACCCAAUGAUACAUCAUUUAUUGGAAUCUACAGUAUUAAUAGACCAGAGUGGGUAUUUACAGAGCAGGCAUGUAGCAUGUUUUCUAUGGUGUCUGUACCCCUAUAUGACUCACUUGGACCUGAUGCAUGUAAAUACAUCAUCAAGCAAGGUGAGAUCAGCUAUGUUGUGUGUGACACAACACAGAAGACUGAGAACUUGUUGGCCAAAGCAGACCAAUGCCCCUCCUUGAAAUGCAUAAUCAUGAUGGAAAGUCCCUCAGAUGAGCUCAAGUCAAAGGCAGCCAAGCAUAAAAUUGAACUCAUCCAGUUUAAUGAUUUCUUGGAAGUGGGUGAGAAAAAUCUUCAAGAACCAAAGCCUCCAAAGGAAUCUGACAUGGCUACAAUUUGUUACACCAGUGGAACAACAGGUGAUCCCAAAGGCGUGAUGUUAACCCAUGCUAAUCUCAUCACUAACAUGUCGUCUGUCACAUGCAUGGCUCUUAAAGCUGUCUCAGUUGAACAAAGUGAUGUUCAUAUAUCAUAUCUACCCCUUGCACACAUGUUUGAAAGAGGAAUGGAGAUUAUCUGUUUUAUGCAUGGCGUUAGAAUUGGAUUUUUUCGAGGAGAUGUGAAACUGUUGACUGAUGAUAUGCAGGCAUUAAAACCCACCAUAUUUAUCACCGUUCCGCGACUUUUGAAUAGGAUCUAUGACAAGAUUCUAAAUAGUGUGCAGAGCAGUGCGCUGAAAUCAAAACUUUUGGAAUGGGCAUUGGAAGCAAAGAGCCGGGAAGUAGAAAGAGGAAUUGUGAGGAAAAAUAGUAUUUGGGACAAACUGGUUUUUGGAAAGGUUCAGAAUUUAUUAGGUGGCAGAGUGAAGAUUGUCAUCACAGGUUCAGCUCCCUUGGAGGCAAAGGUCUUCAGAUUCAUCAGGGCAUCAUUUGGUUGUGUGGUAAUGGAAGGAUAUGGGCAGACAGAAGCAACAGCUGGAAUCACAUUCAGCAUAGCUGGGGACCCAUCAACUGGCCAUGUUGGUUGCCCCCUUCCUUGUGCCAAAGUAAAAUUGGUUGAUGUACCAGAAAUGGAUUAUUAUGCCGAAGAUGGCAAAGGGGAGAUCUGCAGCUAUGGCCCAAGUACCUUCAUUGGUUACUUCAAGAAUGAAGCAAAGACAAAGGAAACAAUAGAUGAUGAUGGUUGGCUACACACGGGAGAUAUUGGAGAAUGGCAGCCGAGAGGAACACUGAAAAUUAUUGAUAGAAAGAAGAACAUUUUUAAACUCUCACAGGGAGAAUAUAUUGCAACAGAGAAGAUAGAAAAUUGUUAUUCUAGAAGUAGGUUUGUUGCUCAGGCAUUUGUGGAUGGCAACAGUCUAAAGAACAAUGUGGUGGGAAUCAUUGUACCAGACCCAGAGGUUAUGCCAGGAUGGGCUAAAACAGAGGGAAUCUCACCAGACAUGGAAGAACUCUGUAAAAAUAAGAAAGUGAAAGACAUGAUCUUUAAGGAUAUCAUUGGAGUCGGAAAAGAAGCAGGACUGAAAAAAUUUGAACAGGUGGCAAACAUUUAUCUCUUUCCUGAACUGUUCUCACUUGAAAACGGCUUAUUGACACCCACAUUUAAGAACAAGCGACCCUUUCUCAGGAAGAAAUUUCAGUCUCUGAUAGAUGAAAUGUAUGCUGAACUUGAGAAAUGAAGUGACAGCUAAGCUGAACUGUUUUGUUAUAAAAAGAAAGGGGAAAAAAAGAAAAAUUGAAAACACCCAUCCUCAGAGAGAAAUUUCAGUCUGUGAUAGCUGAUAUGUAUGCUGAAUUUGAGGGGGAAUAGAACUUGAUCAAUAGUUAUGGGGUUAAAAUAUGUUUGAUAAUGGGCUUUUUUUUUUUGGUCACUGUAAGAAUAGGACAGCUGGGCUGCAGUAUAAAAGAAAACAAAAACAGUUCAGCAUACAGUAAAACAUGCUUAUUACAAACAUGUUUAUUACGAAUUCAUGUUUAUUGCGAAGUGAUUUUUUAUUCACCUAUGAAGAGAAAAUAAUGAAAAAUUUAUUUGCUAUAACAAAGUUUGGUUAUAAUGAACUGUUUUUUGUUGACUCUGGAGGUUUUCUAUAUCCAUGUUUUAGUGGAUAUAAUUAAGUUUGGCUAUAAUUAAUGUUUUUUGAUGGCUCUGUAGGUUUGCUAUAGCUGUGUUUUACUGUAUAACAAAGUUUGGUUAUAAUGAACUGUUUUUUGUUAGCCCUGGAGAUUCGCUAUAACUGUGUUUUACUGUAUAAUGAAGUUUGGUUAUAACGAACUGCUUUUUGUUAGCCCUGGAGGUUCGCUAUAAUUGUGUUUUACUGUAUAACAAAGUUUGGUUAUAAUGAAUUUUUUUGUUAGCCCUGGAGAUUCGCUAUAACUGUGUUUUACUGUAUAACAAAGUUUGGUUAUAAUGAACUGUUUUUUGUUAGCCCUGGAGAUUCGCUAUAACUGUGUUUUACUGUAUAACAAAGUUUGGUUAUAAUGAACUGUUUUUUGUUAGCCCUGGAGAUUCGUUAUAAUUGUGUUUUACUGUAUAACAAUUGUGGGUUUUUUUUUCUGUAUAACAAAGUUUAGAUAUAAUGAACUGUUUUUUGUUGGCUCUGGAGGUUUGCUUUAGCCGUGUUUUACUUUACAUUGUAUAUUACAUACAUGCUGUACAUACAGGGUCAUUUUUCAGAGAUAGAAGAAAUGAACCUUGACAGAGAGGGAGAGGUUGGUAGUGAAGCGAGUUUCAAUAUAGAUGUACAGAGAAAAUUUAAUGCAUGGAGUUAGUUAUCUUUACCUUUAUACAUGUACAUCAUAUAGAUGCUAUGAAAAUGGGGAGCAGAUGUUAAAGUAUGUCUAUUCUUGAGAAUAUGAAAGGAGCAGUUACAUGACAUGGCAGCUUAUUGGAUAAAUUUUGUUGUAUAUUAUCAGUUUUACCAAAGGUCUGCCACCCCAUCGUACCCUUGUUUUUAAAUUACUGGAAGCAAAAUAUGAAUUUACAAAAUUUUAGUAAAAUUUCCGUGUGGGAGAAAUGUGUAGAUAAUAGAGAUAAGCAAUUGCGACUACAAGGGUUUGAUUUAUUACAAAUCACUGUUAAUGUACAUGAAAAAUGUAUUGCUUGAAUUGCUACAACACAUUAAUCAAAUUAUUACAAUUGAUUUUAUGUGACAUGGGAAUGCUCUACAGAAUUAUACUUGUUAAAAAAAAAUAUCCAAUAUUUUUAUAGAUAUAUAUAUAUAUAUAUAUACAUGUAUAUAUGUAAUAAUAUACUCAGUGUAUUUUAAUAUUCUUGAUUUGUUUUUAUAAUCUUGGAAAUAAAAACAUGGAUAGCA